AACUUUUAAGUAUCAUGAUGAAAUAUUCCAAACCUUGAAAAGCUUAUCACUCGGACAGUGGAGCCACUCAUCAAUAUCUGGAUAUGGAGCUCUUUUCCUUCCUUUUCAUUGCCCUUCUCUUCACUUUCUAUCUCUAUUUUGUUACAGGAAAACCCCGCAAAACUAACCACAAAGGCUUCAAACACUACCCUCUUAUUGGAACCUUACCGGAAUUCCUCAAAAACCGCCAUCGCUUCCUCGAAUGGAGCACCCAAGUCCUCCGCGACUGCCCCACCAACACCGCCGUCUUCUCCCGCCCCUACAGUUACCACGGCGUCAUAACGGCCAACCCCGACAACGUGGAACACAUGCUCAAAACCCGAUUCCAGAACUACCCGAAGGGCGAACGCUUCAUCCACCAUCUACAAGACUUCCUCGGCAACGGAAUCUUCAACUCCGACAGCGAACUCUGGAAGGUGCAGAGAAAAAUCGCCAGCCACGAGUUUAGCACCAAAUCACUCCGUAACUUCAUUGUCAACUCCGUCACCACCGAACUCCAAACCAGGCUUCUUCCAAUUCUCUCCCUAGCCUCCCAGACAAACAGGGUCCUCGAUUUGCAGGACCUCUUCGAGCGCUUCGCUUUCGACAACGUCUGCAAGCUAGCUUUCAACGUCGACCCCGCCUGUCUCGGCGGCGACGGUACCGCCGGUGCCGAGUUCAUGAGCGCGUUCGAGGCCGCCGCAGGGCUGAGUUCAGGGAGAUUCAUGAGCGCGUUACCCUUCAUGUGGAAAAUAAAAAAGCUGUUGAACAUCGGAACAGAAAGGAGACUGAGAGAAUCAAUCACCACCGUCCACGUGUUUGCUGACUCCAUCAUACGGUCCCGAUUGGAGUCCAGGGAUCCCGCCGGCGACGACGAAGAUUUGCUUUCGCGUUUCAUCAGAACAAAGGAGAGCUCGCCAGAGUUUCUACGCGACGUUGUGAUAAGUUUCAUUCUCGCAGGGCGUGACACGACAUCGUCCGCGCUCACCUGGUUCUUCUGGAUUCUUUCUUCCAGACCUGACGUGCGGAGAAAAAUUCGCGACGAAAUCGCAAGGGUUCGGUCCGCCACAUGUGGCGUUGGCGCGUUUGGGUACGAGGAGCUGAGAGAGAUGCAUUACCUGCAUGCGGCGCUUACGGAGGCGAUGAGGCUGUACCCGCCGGUGCCUGUUGACUCGAAGAAGUGUCUGGACGACGACGUUUUACCGGAUGGAACUCGGAUAGGGAAGGGUUGGUUCAUAUCGUAUCACACGUACGCCAUGGGGAGGAUGGAGAGCGUGUGGGGAAAAGACUGUACCCUAUACAAUCCUGAUAGGUGGUUGGAGAAUGGCGUGUACCGAACAGAGAGUCCGUUUCGUUUUCCAGUGUUUCACGCAGGUCCACGAAUGUGUCUCGGGAAAGAAAUGGCUUAUAUUCAGAUGAAGUCCAUUGCAGCUUCCCUCAUAAAGAACUUUGAGAUUGAGGCAGUGGAUAAAGACACGUGUCCAGAGCAUGUCCUUUCUUUGACGUUGAGGAUGAAAGGAGGCUUGACCGUGAGGGUAAGGACAAGGGAUACACAAAGCCAGUCUCCACAGUAACACUGGUUUCUAGACCACAGCUUGCAAUCUCUCCUAUUUCAUAAUUAACAAAAAUUGCAAUACAUAAAAAAUUGCAAUACAUUGUGUCUAUUUUCAGUGAAGUUUCUAAGGUGAUGGAAUAUAUAAA